UACUGCCUGCCUUCCCUCACAGCGUGAUGCUCGAUCCACCUGCAGAGAGGCCUCAUCUACAACUAAAUUUUGCCAUUACAGCGCACUGCGGCCUGAUCUUCCGAUCCCAGGACGAGCUCACGCCGUAAAGCAAGGCAGCAUGUCCAAGACAACCGAUGUGUUUGGGGUGCCCAAGCCAGGGUACUACAGGAUUUAUUACAUCAUGAACGAUCCUCGCGACUUAGAAACCGCUCUAUCGCAAGCCGACCCGGUGGUGCUGAUGUUCUGGGCGGACUGGAACGAGCCGUGCAAGGUCAUGCUGAAAUCGUACAGGGACAUGGCCAGGGCUAAGAAGGACCGGGCCGUGUUCUGCCGGCUGGACGUCGACAAGUUCAAAGACGUUGCGGGGAGGUACAGGGUGGAGGCCCUGCCGACGUUCGUGCUGAUGAAGAACCGCGAGGAGCAGCGCCGGGUCGUCGGCCCCAAGGUGGACGAGCUCAACACGACCAUCAGGAACAGCAUAUGAUCUGAUCAGAUCGUCCAUGCAUCCAGGACGACAGGGAACGAUCGGUCCAGAGAUGAUGAUCCUCUCCAGUCCUAUCUGUUUGUUGUACACAUACAUAGACAUGCAAACACUGGACCCAUAGUUGUAUGAUUAUAUUUUCUGUAAA